AUGAGAACAGGAAAUUGUUCUUUGCAACAAGGCCUAACUACAGAUGCUGCAAACAUAGUAAAGCAAGCAAUAACCCUAGCAAAGCGUCGCGGCCAUGCCCAAGUAACACCACUCCAUGUAGCAAACACCAUGCUUAGUGUUACUAAUGGUUUGCUAAGAACAGCUUGUCUUCAAUCUCACUCUCACCCUCUUCAAUGUAAAGCUUUAGAGCUUUGCUUCAACGUUGCACUCAAUCGCUUGCCAGCGACGAAUUCUAGCCCUAUGUUAGGUUCUCAUCAUUCUCAAUCUCAAUAUCCUUCUUUCGCAAAUGCUUUGGUUGCUGCCUUUAAGCGCGCUCAAGCUCAUCAACGCCGCGGAUCAAUUGAGAAUCAACAACAACCGCUUUUGACGGUGAAGAUUGAGCUUGAACAACUCAUUAUUUCAAUUCUUGAUGAUCCUAGUGUUAGUAGGGUUAUGAGAGAAGCAGGGUUUAAUAGUACUCAAGUGAAAACCAAUGUUGAACAAGCUGUUUCCUUGGAAAACACUUCUUCUAUAAAGGAAAACAAUAAUCAAACUCUUUCUUCUCAAUCUCAAGAGAAAGUCUCCAACAAAGCAUUGGUUUUGGAUCCAACUAGGGUUGAGGAUAUCAACAGUGUUGUUGAGAAUUUAAAGAUGAAUCAAAGAAAAAGUGUUGUUGUUGUUGUUGGAGAGUGUGUGACUAAUCUUGAAGGUGUAGUUAAAGGAGUGAUGGAAAAAUUUGAUAAAGGAGAAGUUGAUGAGUCACUUAAAGGUAUAAAGUUUAUUUCACUUUCACUUUGUGAUUUUGGCAAUGUUUCAAGGGUAGAAGUUGAGGAAAAAGUUGAAGAGCUUAAGGCACUUGCAAAAAAGAGUUUUCAUGGAAAAGGGUAUGUUUUAUAUCUUGGAGAUCUUAAAUGGUUGUUUGAUUAUAAAAAGCAACAAGGGAUUAGAGGCUAUUAUUGUUCUAUUGAUCACAUGAUAAUGGAGAUUGGAAAACUUGUUAAUGGUAUUGGAGAAAAUGGAAAGUUUUGGUUGAUGUGUAUUGCUACUUUUCAAGCUUAUAUGAGAUGCAAAAAUGGACAACCAUCACUUGAAACUAUUUGGAAUCUUCAUCCUAUCACUAUUCCUGCAGGAAGAUUGAAAUUUAGUCUCAUCACUAACAGCGGUUUAGAAAAUGAGUCAAGAAAUGAAAAAGGUGAGAAUAGAACAAGCUGGCUUUUGCAUGAAGGAGUAGGAGAUGAUCAGAUAAUUCAAAAACAACAAGAAACUGCUUGUUUUGGAGAACCUUCAAGAAAAAAUGAGAGUGAAGUUAGAAGAAGCUUGCAGAGAAUGAGUUCUUGUAAAAGUGAUUCUUCAAGCUCAAGUCUUCCUGCAUGGCUACAACAAUACAAAAAUGAGAAUAAAGGAAUCACCUACAAUGAUCAGGAGAACUGUGUUCAAGUGGGAGAGCUUUGCAAAAAGUGGAACAACUCUAUGUGUGGUUCAAUCCAAAGACAAACCUAUCAUGGUGAUGAUAAAAUCCUCACAUUAUCUUCAGCAUCACCUUCUUCAUCCACUUCAGGUUUUUCCUAUGAGCAAGAACAAUAUCCUAAUGUGUCACAAAGCUACCGCGACCGCGAUCGCGAUCGGGAUCACCAUUUUUGGAUAUCUCAAAGUGGAAGCAAGUUCAAUGAACCUUGUAACCCUAAUUCAGCUUUUUCUAGUGAGCUUAUGGAAAUGGAGCAACUAAACAUGCUCAAAGAACUCAAUAUAGAGAACAUGAAAACUCUAUGCAAUGCCUUGGAGAAAAAGGUUCCAUGGCAAAAAGAUAUAAUGCCGGAAAUCGCGAGUACGGUUUUGAAAUGUCGAUCGGGUUUGCUAAAAAGAAAAGGAAAUGUGAGAAACAUUUAUCAUGAAGCUAAAGAAGAAACAUGGUUGUUUUUCCAAGGUCUUGAUUUUCAAGGGAAAGAGAAAAUAGCAAAAGAAUUGGCUAGGCUUGUGUUUGGAUCUUACAACAAUUUCACUUCAAUAUCACUUAGUAGUUUUGCUUCAACAAGAGGUGAAUCAAGUGAGGAAAGUAGAAACAAAAGAUCAAGAGAUGAAGCAAGUUGUAGUUUCAUUGAGAGAUUUGGUGAUGCAAUGUCAAAUAAUCCUCAUAGGGUUUUUCUAGUUGAGGAUAUAGAGCAAGUUGAUUAUUGUUCACAAAUUGGUUUCAAAAGGGCUAUUGAGAAAGGAAGAGUUUUGGAUUCAAAUGGUGAAGAGGUUGGUUUUUGUGAUGCUAUCAUUAUUCUAAGUUGUGAAACUUUUAGUUCAAGAUCAAGAGUUUGUUCUCCUAUACAAAGAUCCUCUCAAGAAGAUAAAGACAAUGAUGAUGAUGAUGUUAAUGUUGCUACUUUGGAAGAAACAAGUUCUUAUGUUUCUUUGGAUUUGAAUAUUUCUAUUCAUGAUAAUUAUGAGGAGGAGGAGGAUCAGAUAGUGGAUGAAAUUGGCCUGCUUGAAUCAGUAGACAGAAAUAUUCUCUUCAAAAUUCAAGAAUUGUGA